GGUCUGGGGGUUGAGGUUUUGGCAGAGGGUCACCGGGGACCUCUGGGAUUGCCCACUCAAGCCAAGUUCUUUGGUACUCCGGACCAUCAUCUUCACCGCCCAGGGGAGAAGCUCCAGGGGAUGCCUUUGUGAUGAUUGUAUCUUCAGACGGACCAAAGGAAAAUGACGUUUCUUGAACGAUCACUGGCAACACCUCUUUAAAAUGACCCAUUUCGAGGGUCCCGCAAAAUACACAACUACACCGAGGUCGGAAGUAGUUUUGCCCGUAUAAAAUAUGGCGGAAAGCUUUCUGGUCUCUAAGGGAACAUUACGCAGUAAAAGCGGUGGAUUACACUGCGCACGCGUAGAGGCACGCGCCACAGGAAGUCGUCAUGCCCCUACCACAGCGCGUGAUUUAGAACGCGUGCGCAGUAGGCUCAUCUGGCGGCUGUGUUGUGAAAAUGGUGGAGAAGAAAACUUCCGUUCGCUCCCAGGACCCUGGACAGCGGCGGGUGCUGGACCGGGCGGCCCGGCAACGCCGCAUCAACAGGCAGCUCGAGGCCUUGGAGAAUGACAACUUCCAGGACGACCCCCACGCGGGGCUCCCCCAGCUCGGCAAGCGGCUGCCUCAGUUUGACGACGAUGCGGACACUGGAAAGAAAAAGAAGAAAACUCGAGGUGAUCAUUUUAAACUUCGCUUCCGAAAAAACUUUCAGGCCUUGCUGGAGGAGCAGAACCUGAGUGUGGCUGAGGGCCCCAACUACCUGACGGCCUGCGCAGGACCCCCAUCCCGGCCCCAGCGCCCCUUCUGUGCUGUCUGUGGCUUCCCCUCCCCCUACACCUGUGUCAGCUGCGGCGCCCGGUACUGUACUGUGCGCUGCCUGGGCACCCACCAGGAGACCAGGUGCCUGAAGUGGACUGUAUGACCCUAGGCGUCCCCAGAGAGGAAGGCCUUCCGUGCAUCACCUGGCCUCGGAGAGGGCAUCACCGAAAGGAAAGGCGCUCCCCCUGGACCAAGAGAGGAGCCCAACAAAGCUCGUGUCCUGUCCUCCAGGGAAGACCAGUCUUACUCCCAGGGACUGUGGCAGGGCAGUGGGCUGAGCCCUCAGCGUGCUGUUGUAAUAAAAGGUCUCAUGCGAGGAGGA